GAAUUUUUUGAAAAUUAGGAAAUAUCAAAAAUAUCCAUGACGAUAUCAUUUUGACAAUAAUUGUCAGAGUGAAAAUUAGGAUAAGUGUCACUGUGCUGAAAUAUCAAUUUUGAAGAAGCAAGAGUGGAUUGGAGGUCGAAUUCAUUAUUGGACUGCCGUCAAUUCCACGGCAUAAGGUUUGAGCGAAGUUUCAAUGGAAAGAAAACCAAAGUUUUGUUCUUGUCGGCUAGCGGUUCAUCAUGAAUCGGGAAGAGUCCAAUGGUGCGUGGGACAGCAAGGAGAUUGGCAACAAAAACUCAAAAGAUUAGUUUUUUUACCAGCAAUCCUACUACCCCUUGUUAUUGUAAUCAUUUUCAUCACCAAAUAUGCAGAUGCUGAAGAUCUUUCAACCGAAAAAGCUCCAAUAUCUAAUCCACCCAAAGGGCAGGUGGAUCUUUUUCUCGUCGAGGAGAACCUCCAAGACCACCUUUACGACACCCUUGAAACGAAGUUCUUGAGAGAGAUGGAAUACGGACUCGAUUAUUACAAAUUUGGAAAAGGGUUCAAUGCUCCAAUAAAGGAUAGAAGAAUAAAGAGAAAUGUGGAUAAAAAUCUUCUCGAAUCUUUGAGAAAUGCGGCAGGAACUAAGAAAUCCAGUGAUUCGACAGAAAGAAGUCAAGUUUUUUGGAAAAACGAAAUGAAUGAGGCAGAAAUCAGAAAAUUACAAAGUAAUAUCAUGAAGCGCUACAUGGACAAGUCGGUAAAUCCCUGUGAUGAUUUUUAUAAAUAUGCAUGCGGAAAUUGGAAAAACUAUUAUAGUAUUCCCCCUGAAAGAAAUUCUUAUGAUACAUUCGAAAUCCUGAGGGAAAAUCUGGAUAAUGUUCUUGGUGAAUUAUUGCUAGAAAAUGAUUCAAAAGGGGAACCAGGAAUGUUGAAAGUAUAUGACCAUCAACCAUUCGAGAAAGGGUACCUACUCAAUAAUACUAUCGAUAGCUAUCAAAACAGUUCGAUGGAUGCUACAACAAAAGCUAAAUAUUUUUUCCACUCAUGCAUGAAUCAGAACAAAGUGAGGGAACGAGGAAACUCACCUCUCCUUAAAUUAUUAGAAGAACUUGGUGAUUGGCCUAUUCUCAAAAAAGAGUGGAAAGAGUCUGAAUUCGAUAUUGUGUGGCUUAUGGCCCAACUCAGAUUAUUCAACAAUGAUAUACUAAUAUCCGAAUGGGUUGGGCCUGAUUUGAAAAAUUCAGAGGAGUAUAUCAUUCACUUGGACCAAACCACCCUUGGAUUGCCAUCAAGAGACUAUUUCACCAAUCCUCGACAUUACAAGUACAUUGAGGCAUACAGAACAUUUAUUGUCACAGUGGCUCUCCUACUUGGAGCUCCCGAAGAUACAGUACAUCAGGAUACAGACGAUAUCAUUAAAUUUGAAACGAAAAUCGCAGAGAUUAUGACUUCCCAUGAAGACAGAAAGCAUUUGGAAAGAAUUUAUUUGAGAACAACUAUAGGUGCCUUGGCUCACUUUUUCCCUCAGCUCGAUUGGAUACGAUAUUUCAGUAUGGUACUAGGAAAAGUAAUGAGUCUUGAUGAUCCAGUGGCCUGUUUCUGUACAGCAUACUUGCAUAGACUGGUGGAUUUAUUGAGUAAUACAAACUCUAGAGUUGUAGCUAACUACUUAUUAUGGAGAUUUAUAAGACAUAGAACGAAUAACUUGGAUGAAAGAUUCCUAUUAGCCAAGCAAAGGUUUUACUACAUAUUAUUCGGAAAAGAGAAACCUCCAACCAGAUGGCAAUUCUGCAUUCAACAGACAAAUGCUAACAUGGGAAUGGCACUAGGAAAACUCUUUGUAGAAAAAUAUUUCGAUGAACAGAGCAGAAAAGAUACCUUAGAAAUGACCAUACAACUUCAACAAGCUUUUCAAGACAUUUUGAGUGAGAAUACAUGGAUUGAUUCAUCUACCAAAGACUAUGCGUUGAUGAAGUUGAAGAACAUUGAUCUCAAAAUUGGUUAUCCUGAUUUCAUCACAAGCAUGGCUGAAUUGAAUCGAAGAUAUAUAGAUGUUGAAAUACACCCAGACUAUUUUUUCGAAAACACCUUGAGCAUCCUGAGACAUCUAACUCGCUACGAGCAGAGAAAGGUUGGAAAAGAAGCUAACCGAACACUGUGGGGAACAUCACCAGCUAUCGUUAAUGCUUACUACAGCCGAAACAAAAACCAAAUCAUGUUUCCUGCAGGAAUUCUGCAACCACCGUUUUAUCAUAAACACUUUCCGAAGGCUCUGAACUUUGGCGGAAUAGGUGUAGUUAUAGGACACGAGAUUACACAUGGAUUUGAUGACAAAGGGAGAUUGUUCGAUCAACAUGGAAAUCUGGAUUAUUGGUGGAAAGAGCCAUCUGUUCUGGAGUUCCAUACCAGGGCACAAUGCAUAAUAGAUCAGUAUGGGGCCUAUAUGCUGCCUGAAGUUAACGCUAGAGUGAAUGGAUACUUGACACAAGGGGAAAAUAUUGCUGACAACGGUGGUUUGAAACAAUCUUUCAGAGCUUAUCAAAAAUGGCGUAAAAAGCACCCCGAAGCUGAGGAAUUCCUGCCUGGAUUGAAUCUCACUGGGGAACAACUAUUUUUCUUGAAUUUUGCUCAGAUUUGGUGUGGGAUUCAAAGACCAGAAAGUGCCAAAACGAGACUGCAAACCGCUGUCCAUUCACCUGGGAUAUUCAGAGUACUAGGAACACUGAGCAACUCCAUAGAUUUUGCCCGAGAGUAUAAAUGCCCCCCUGAUAGUUCAAUGAACCCCUCAUUCAAAUGCGUACUCUGGUGAUAUACACUCUUGUAUUGUUAUAGACUAUUUUGUAUUUUUUGAGCGAUAUUGAAAUAAAUGAAUUUUUGACUA